AUGACACGAUCGUUGAGUCCUGAUGAGGUAAAUGAGUUAGAAGUGGAAUACGAUAUCGAUUUCUAUAUAGUUCUGCUGAAUGAGCGUGACUGGAGAAUGACAAGACCAACUGACCCGAAAUGUGUUUGGGCUGCACUUUCCAGUCCAACUCAUUCCGGAUUGCAGAUGUUCCUAUCCGGAGUCAAAGACAAUAAACAUUUUAGCCUUCCAUAUCUUAAAAGGUCUCUAUCAGCAUUCAAAAUUGCUCCCUCAAUGAAGAUCACCUUCGACCAGACUACGAAGCCAUGUUUCAAUAAAAAACUAUUGAGGAACAUGAGGGAGGAUUAUGGAUUAACCCAUUACCGGGCAUUCCAUCUGGGUGGGUUAGGAGGCUACGUCACGUACGUGCUUGUAAUGAACACAUCGUCCAUACAGAUCGCUAAGAAACUUACACCUGUGACCCCAGCUCCUGAAGCUCCGACACCAAAGUCCAAAUCAACCUACUUCGAAAAACUCGACGUAGCUGUUAGAAUGGAACUAGACUUAAGAUUUCCAUUACAAUACAUCAUGUAUACGACAGCUGAGACAUACCCUGAUUUAACUGUAAAAAGCCAUCCAUUCACUAAAAACCUGUAUCCUACUUCGCUUCCCGGUUCAAAAGACACGGAAUAUGCUUUGGUCCUGUUUGAUGAUGGUAUUUAUUAUAUAGCAUCUAAAAGCGAAAUUAAAAAUAGAACAGAAGCAACUGUAUACUGGAAAAAACAUAAAACAUUUCACAUAGCGAAAAUCCUAAAAGAAUCUGAAAAUAAGAAGCAAUUAAUAAAAUUAACAAAACAGUAUGAGUCAAACAUGGAUUAUGGUUUGGUCCGGUUUGAUAGUAAUAUUUAUUAUAUAGCAUCUAAAAGCAAAAUUAAAAAUAGAACUAGUACAGAAGCAUCUGUAUACUGGAAAAAACAUAAAACAUUUUACGUAGCGAAGAUCCUAAAAGAAUCUGAAAAUAAGAAACAAUUAAUUAAAUUAGAAAAACAGUAUAAGUCAAAUGAGAUGCAAGCGAUGUUUGAUGAAGAAUCUGAAGAGGAAGUAGGUGGGGAAGCAGAAACAUCAGAAAAAUUUAGCGAAGGCGAUGAGGAAGAAACUACCAAUUCAAUGUUGAAUCUGCAGAAGAAUGGGCCUAGUUAUAGCUCUAUAGCAAUAUCAAGAAGGGAACUAUACGACAUCUUAACAAAUUCUUGUCAGAGUAAAAUUGACGACCAAUUCAAGUUUAUAACAAGUUAUCUUAAAGAACGCACAGGCUGUCCUGAUACAGAUUUGAAGGAUAUAAACAGCAAAAUAUACCACUUUAAAUUAGAAUUUAAGUCUAGAUGGUUGAAUGUAGGUAGAUCUAGGAAUAGGUUUCUUAAGAAAUAUGAUAACUGGCUCGACACGUUAAUAUCUUUCACCCGCUACACGCAGUCUAUCUCGAUUAUGAGAGGACGUCCAACAGUUCCUUUUGAAGACAGCAGAGGCUUCCAAAUUAUUAAAAGAUAUAACUUCAACAUCUCCGAAACGUGCGAGCAAAUAUAG